CUGCCCCGCGGCGAGGGAGGGGUGCCGUGCGUCCGUCCGCCCGUCGGUUCACCAGCCUGCCGCCAUGGCGCCCGCGCUGCCCCGGCUGCUCCUCGCGGGUGCGCGGCCCGGCAGGCGCUGGCCCGGAUGGCUGCAGACUCACGGCUCCGGCAGGACGCUCGCGGGCGCUCCGGCCCCUGCGGCCAGCGAGCCCGAGGACAGCGAGGCCCAUCGCAAGAUUCUGGAGGAGCCCCUCAAACACUCCGACUUCUUCAACGUCAAGGAACUGUUUUCUGUGAAAAGCCUCUUUGAUGCCCGCGUACACCUGGGACACAAAGCUGGCUGUCGGCACAGGUUUAUGGAGCCCUAUAUCUUCGGGAGCCGCCUGGACCAGGACAUCAUCGACCUGGAACAAACAGCCUCGCAUCUCCAGCUGGCCUUGAAUUUCACUGCCCACGUAGCCUACCGUAAGGGCAUCAUCCUGUUCGUGAGCCGCAACCGGCAGUUCACACACCUGAUUGAGAACACAGCCCGAGACUGCGGCGAGUAUGCCCACGCCCGCUACUUCAAGGGGGGCCUGCUGACCAACGCCCCACUCCUCUUCGGCCCCACAGUCCGCCUACCCGACCUCAUCAUCUUCCUUCACACGCUCAACAACGUCUUCGAGCCCCACGUGGCUGUGAGGGACGCAGCCAAGAUGAACAUCCCCACGGUCGGCAUCGUGGACACCAACUGCAACCCCUGCCUCAUCACCUACCCCAUCCCUGCCAAUGACGACUCCCCACCAUCUGUCCAGCUCUUCUGCAGGCUCUUCCGGACAGUCAUUAACAGGGCUAAGGAGAAACGGCGGCAGAUGGAGGCCCUGCAACGAUUGCAGAGCACCAAGGGGGCUGAGGGCCACGGGGCGGCCCACCCUCCUCCCAAAGUGAAUGCGAAUCGUCCCCUGUGAUGUGCCACGAUCCUCGUCUCAGGUCACUCACGAGACGUGUUCUGAGCUGGAAGUCCCUUGUGGUCUCAGUCCUAGGCUCUUGUUAGUGACAGCACUCAGUAGCCCUGACCACCCCAGGGCUGAGCCUAAGGCUUGGCUGCAUCUUUGUGGGGCAGACAUGCAGGGCAAGCUGCAUGUCCCCAGUGACAUAGUUAGGACCUGAAGCGGGAUGCCUUGACUGCUGGAAAACUGGAUUCUCCCUGGUCCCAGAGAAGUACUGGCUUCCACCUCCAUGCUGGGUGUGAGGAGGGUUCGGACACCAGCUCAGUUCUCAGUCAGAGUACCCCAGGUGGGCUGCUUUCCCCGAAGCCUGGCUUCAGGAGCCAUUUUGCCCUGUGAUGUGUGGCACGAACUCCUGGGGAGCUCUGGUUAGGUCGGGCUGAGCAAAGCAGCUGGCAGAACUCCAGCAAAAGUAAACUUACAUUUG